CCAUGCCAAGAAACACCCUGCUUGCCUCUAGGGUGCCCUGGAUUUCUUGGGUUUCGAUGGUUUUGAUAUGGAACGCGUGAUGCUCCCACACCAAAAAUCAAUAGACGUCAUGGGGUCUCAGGGUGGGGUUUUAUGGAAGGUUUCUUGUGGUCGAGCCCCUACUGCACCACCUUCACCCUCACGAGCUGUCUGGUUCAAAGUUUGCGUCAGCGAGCGCAUCACCAUUGCACCCCACACAUUACGUCAACAUGAAGUCGAUCUGUAUCGUGGCGAUCUUCACUGUGCUGGACUGCGCCAGAGCCGUCCAGUUCGACGCGGCGGAUGAUUCCCCUGCAGCUGCGAUAUUUGGAAGCGCAUGGAGCAAAAUCUACCAGAUCCAGGAUGGCUCCAGCAGGAGCUCAUACUCGUUUCCCCCGACGACGGGAUCUUAUGGGAGCAUUACUUCGGGGAUCGGGUCCAGUCACGCAAAGUUGUCCGAUUCGCAAAUCAACGCGAUGGCGGUGGCGCGAGAUGGCUACUCGCAUGUCUACCAAAUCAAGAGCUCCGAUUGCUCGUCGUACUUGUACGUGCGGUCAAACGACAACUACGUCGACACAUCGCCAUCUUUCGGCCUUACCUACGGUAACACUCGGGUUUGUUUAGCUUCAUCGUACGAGUCUUGUUCGACCUGGGCACUCUGAAAUCCACGGAGCACGGCAUAGACCUACUGUACACGAACCCAAAUCUCGGUGGUGAGUCAUGUUGCCGGCGGAUUUCUUCGGGCAUGGGACAGUCGAUUGUUGGGGUGGCCCGUCGGGCUACCGCUGCGUCAACGGUGGUUCUUCUUGCUCCGGCUACAAGAAGCUGGACGAUGUAGUGUUUUACAUCUGGGGGGGCAGCGCGGCGACCCCCAGCCCAACGCCGUACCCGACGCCCUACCCGACGGCUUUCCCGACGCCCUACCCGACGGCUUACCCGACGUUCUACCCGACACCGUACCCGACUCCCUUCCCGACGCCCUACCCGACGGCUUUCCCGACGCCCUACCCGACGGCUUACCCGACGUUCUACCCGACACCGUACCCGACUCCCUUCCCGACGCCCUACCCGACGGCUUUCCCGACGCCCUACCCGACGCAGUUCCCGACGGCUUUCCCGACGCCGCUGCCCACGCCCAGCCCGACUCCCAGCCCGACGUAUCCGCCAGGCUGGCCGACGCCGCACCCGACGUUUCCCGCUGGAGAUCCCAUGGCGGGGGGGGCCGGCGCUGCGGCUGCUACUGGCGAUCCCCAUUUGCAGAAUGUUCAUGGCGAGCGAUUCGAUCUGAUGAAGCCGGGCAAGCAUGUUCUGAUACACAUCCCUCGUGGAAGUAACGUCGACGACACAUUGCUGCACGUGCAGGCUGACGCGCGCCGAUUGGGUGGGCAAUGUGCGGAUAUGUACUUCCAAGGGUUGAACGUCACUGGGCGUUGGGCGGAUGCCAAAAAAGUUGGAGGGUACCAUUACAACGUAUCGCAAAGCGUUGAGAAGGCUCCGCAAUGGGUUGUUUUCGGUAAGGUUGAGUUGAAAGUCGUUCAUGGGCGUACAGGCAGUGGCGUCCUGUACCUGAAUGUAUAUGUGAAGCAUUUAAGACGAGCAGGGUUUGCCGUCGGAGGUCUGCUGGGCGAAGACGAUCACAAAGACGCAAUGACUCCCCCAGCGUUCUGUGCCCAGCAUACGUCCCUGAAGGACGUGCCUUCGAGCGGCAAGGACUUUUCAUCCGUGUCGUCAUUUGCAGUGGCAACCCUGGCGUGACCAGAGGAGACACCUUGGAAGAUGCUUACAAUGAGCAGGUGCUUGCUCUCGGGUGAGGGCGACGCGAUACUCUACGACGCCAUGCUCCCGUUGAACCAGUGAGCAGGCGAGCCGCGGCCACAGGCAGCACUGAUGUGCCGAGAGGUGCCUUUUGCAACGAGAAGGCUUCUCUCUCCCAUCGGUGUGGCGCGUCCUCC